GCGAAAUGAGACGCGGUACCAGUAUAAUAGCUACAUUAGACUGUUUACUCUUAACACACUUUACACAUGUACUAUAUAUUGACCUCUGCCAUACAGAUGUACGCGUGAGGACCUCUGAUCGCCAGUAGGAGAAGCGAUAAUGGUGUAUGAAACUACAGUGGCAGAAGAAGACAUUAUUAAAGUCAGUGACAAGGAUGGAAACGUUAUGGAGCUGCUGGAAACAGGGGGACAGUACCUCAGUGCCCGAGGUGUCAUUGCGGGAAAGUUCCCAAAUCCAAAGACCAAUUUCCCACGGUUAAAAGCAAUGGAUAUCAAAUCAGAUGACAUUUUUCUCUGUGCUUAUCCUAAAGCAGGAACUCACUGGACAUGGGAAAUCAUCAGUAUGAUUCUUCAACAGAAAGCCGAAUACCAUCCUAAAGCAAAGGAAACCCACAUGUUGGAGUUCCACACACCGGAAGUUCUGGAGCCCUUGACGUCACCCCGAGUGUUCAACACACAUUUGCUGCCAAAUAAUGUUCCAGAGCAAUUCUUUCAGAAACGAUGCAAAAUGGUUUUUGUUCAGCGCAACCCAAAAGACAUGGCAGUAUCAUUUUACCACCAUUGUUCCAACUUAUCGAUUAAAUUCCCAGGAUCCUUCCUCCAAUUCAUGGACUUCUUCAUGGGAAAACACGGACCAAUGUAUCACUGUGCUUGGCCUUCUUAUGUAUCAGCUUGGGAAAACUACAUCAAAGACCACACCGACCAUCCGGUUCACUGCAUCAUGUAUGAAGAGCUACAUCAGGAUGCAAUCGGUGAAAUACAGCGUUUGGCUGCCUUCUUGGAUAAACCAUGUGACGAUGAAUUGGCCGAGCAGAUUGCUGAAAAAUGCUCUUUUCAAAAUCUAAAGAAUGCCACCUCAAAUAUUAAGGAAGAGGGAAUGAAGAGGAGUGCAAAUUUAUACAGAAAAGGAAAAGUCGGCGACUGGAAAAACCAUUUUACAGUUGCUCUAAACGAGGAGUUUGACCAGUAUCUACAACGCCAUAAAACAGCCGUAGAAUAUAAAUUUGAAAUUUACAAAAUUUGUAUAGAAUCACAAGUAGAUUUAUCUACAAAUUAUAUCUGCUCUAAUCCGUCCUUUGGAGGAGGAACGACAAUGGUGUAUGAAACUACAGUGGCAGAAGAAGACAUUAUUAAAGUCAGUGACAAGGAUGGAAACGUUAUGGAGCUGCUGGAAACAGGGGGACAAUACCUCAGUGCCCAAGGUGUCAUUGCAGGAAGGUUCCCAAAUCCAAAGACCAAUUUUCCACGGUUGAAAGCGAUGAAUGUCAGAUCAGAUGACAUUUUUCUCUGUGCUUAUCCCAAAGCAGGAACUCACUGGACAUGGGAAAUCAUCAGUAUGAUUCUUCAACAGAAAGCCGAAUACCAUCCUAAAGCAAAGGAAACCCAUAUGUUAGAGUUCCACACACCGGAAGUUCUGGAGCCCUUGACGUCACCCCGAGUGUUCAACUCACAUUUGCUGCCAAAUAAUGUUCCAGAGCAAUUCUCUCAGAAACUAUGCAAAUUGGUUUUUGUUCAGCGCAACCCAAAAGACAUGGCAGUUUCAUUUUACCACCAUUGUUCUAACAUAGCAAUUAAAUUCCCAGGAUCCUUCGUCCAAUUCAUGGACUUCUUCAUGGGAAAACACGGACCAAUGUAUCAGUGUGCUUGGCCUUUUUAUGUAUCAGCUUGGGAAAACUACAUCAAAGAACACCCAGACCACCCGGUUCAUUGCAUCAUGUAUGAAGACCUACAUGAGGAUGCAAUCGGUGAAAUACAGCGUUUGGCUGCCUUCUUGGAUAAACCAUGUGACGAUGAAUUGGCCAAGCAGAUUGCUGAAAAAUGCUCUUUUCAAAAUCUAAAGAAUGCCGCCUCAAAUAUUAAGGAAGAGGGAAUGAAGAGGAGUUCAAAUUUAUACAGAAAAGGAAAAGUCGGCGACUGGAAAAACCAUUUUACAGUUGCUCUAAACGAGGAGUUUGACCAGUAUAUACAACGCCAUAAAUCAGCCGCAGAAUAUAAAUUUGAAAUUUAGUAAUUUUCUCCAUUCUUUGUAUAACAGUGCACGAUGAACUUCUAUACUGAUUUUAGUAAUAACAUUUUGUAUUCAUGAGAUGUACUAUGAUAUGCAUAUUUAUGGUGAAUAUAUAUAUAGAUAUAUCAUGACAAAAAUGAUGAUCAGAAAGGUGUUAAACUUAUAAUAUGAUA